AUGGCUCAAACAUCAGCCUUCCCCGUCCACAACGCGAUCGCGGUAGUCACUGGAGGGGGCAGUGGCAUUGGACUGGCGUUCAGCAAGCUGCUCCAGACCAAGGGCGCACGGGUCCUGAUCGCGGACCUCAGACUCAGCUCCGAGGCUGAGAGCUGGAUCUCCACGUACAACACCGGCGGCCAGGUUGUAUUCCAGCACUGCGAUGUCACCAACUGGGCGCAUCUCGAGAGCCUACCCGAUAAAGCAAAAGAACUCUGGGGAUUUGUCCCGGACAUUUGGGUCCCAGGUGCUGGGAUCUUUGAGCCGCCGUGGUCCCAUUUCUUCCUAGACAGCGACGCCUCAAGAUCCUCCAAUGACUCGCACUACGCCUCCGUCUCAAUCAACAUCGAGCACCCCAUUCGCCUAACGCGCAUCGCCAUCCGCGCCAUCCUCUCCGAGAACAAGCGCGGCGUGGUCCUCAACAUCGCCAGCAACGCCGGGCUCGGCUACUACUACCCGAUCCCUCUGUACGUGGCAACAAAGCACGCCAUCGUCGCGUUUACGCGCAGUCUCGCGCCGUUAGAGGCCGAGGAGGGGAUCAAAGUCGUUGCUAUCUGCCCGGGGGGCGUGAGAACUCCGCUGCUUACGCCCGAGCUCCGAGACCAAUUCGGCGUCUCAGACGAGAACUUGCUUCUACCGGCCGAUGUCGCAGCCGCCAUGCUGGAGCUCGUGGAAUCAGCGACCUACACCGGCGGGUCUAUAGCGCAGAUUGAUGAGCCUGGGUGUAUGAGGCUUGUGCCUGCUGAGGCAGAGUUGCCGGCUCACGUAGACGCGGAGUCUGUCCGGCGAUAUCGCGAGCGCAGCUAUGCGCCGGUUCGUGAUGUUCUGAGGCGCGAGCGUGCUGGUGAGAUGGCGUAA